GCGUGUAGUCGCACCCGGGCAUUUCCGCUUUCCCAGCUGCCCUGCAGAGCCGGUGCCAGCUGUGAAGGCUGUGGGUGCGGGACGUCCAGACAUGAGCGUGGGCUUCAUCGGGGCAGGGCAGCUGGCCUUUGCCCUAGCCAAGGGCUUCACAGCCGCAGGUAUUCUGGCUGCUCAUAAGAUAAUGGCUAGCUCCCCAGACAUGGACCAAGCCACGGUCUCUGCCCUCCGGAAGAUGGGGGUGAACCUGACACCCCACAACAGGGAGACCGUGCGCCACAGCGAUGUGCUCUUCCUGGCUGUGAAACCACACAUCAUCCCUUUCAUCCUGGAUGAGAUUGGCACCAACAUCGAGGACAGGCACAUUGUGGUGUCCUGUGCGGCGGGGGUCACCAUCAGCUCCAUUGAGAAGAAGCUGACAGCGUUCCAGCCGGCUCCCAAAGUCAUCCGCUGUAUGACCAACACCCCAGUCGUGGUGCAGGAGGGUGUUACCGUGUACGCCACAGGCACGCAUGCGCAGUCGGAGGAUGGCAGGCUUGUGGAACAGCUCAUGGGUAGUGUGGGCUUCUGCACAGAGGUGGAGGAGGAUCUGAUCGACGCCGUUACAGGACUCAGUGGCAGCGGCCCUGCCUACGCUUUCACUGCCCUCGAUGCGCUGGCUGACGGCGGCGUGAAAAUGGGGCUUCCGAGGCGCCUGGCAGUCCGCCUUGGGGCCCAGGCCCUCCUGGGAGCAGCCAAGAUGCUACUAGACUCGGAAGAGCAUCCAUGCCAGCUCAAGGACAACGUCUGCUCUCCUGGCGGGGCCACCAUCCAUGCCCUGCACGUGCUGGAGAGCGGGGGCUUUCGCUCGCUGCUUAUCAAUGCCGUGGAGGCCUCCUGCACCCGCACACGGGAGCUGCAGACUAUGGCUGAUCAGGAAACCGUUUCCCCCGCUGCCAUUAAAAAAACUGUACUGGACAAGGUGAGGCUGGACUCGUCUGCCGGGACCUCUCUGUCUUCUUCUGGCCCACAACUGCCCUGCAGCCUGGUCCCAGCAGGCAAAGAAUGA